GACUGUCAGUGGCAACGGUGGCGACUAGCCGAUGUCGUGUGUGUGUUUUGUUGCUGAUGCGAUGCGUCAGCUAAAUCACAAAUCAUCUGGCAAAAGAGUGUGAGAUAAAGAGCGGUCAGCUGUUACAACGAUCGCGAGACAGCGAGGCCGAACGAAUGGCAGAGAAGUAAAUAGUGAAGAAAUAUAGGAGAAACGAGAAAGUCGAAUAUCGUGCAACGGAAAAAAGGUUACGAGGGGCGGAUCGUCGAUGGUAAGGACUGUCCGCGUGCAAGUGAUAAUAUCGGUGGAAAACGAUGGCGUAAGUUGGUCAGCUCUGAACCGAGACGUGCCGUGUGUCCUGUGUGCCGUGGCCGUCCGUCAUUUUCUCUCGGUUGCCGAACGACGCGUGUGAUUAGGUUGCUCCGUAAAGUCGCGCGCGCCAACAACAGUACGCGUUCCUAACGUAACGUAACGUAACGUCACGUCAGUGAAAACACCAUCGAAUGUGUGCUGCUGUGUGCCCGAUCUAGUUGCUAUGCAGGCUGAGUGCUGAAUACACUGGAAAUAUUGGUUGGUCUUUGAUCACGGUGCAUCGAGUGUAACGAGGCAACGUUUCGUCGGUUGUCGCUACGUCGCGUUCCCUGUAUCGUCUUGUUGGAACUGUUGCCGAUUACCACUCGCUAUUUCCUCGCGUCGUCGCGUUGUUGUUUUGUUUAUUGUUGUUUGCGCGUAUUCGCGAGGUGGUGCCAAUAUCUAGCCAACGACAUCUCAUCGUGGGAGAGAAUAUGGUUACGAUGAUCAGUGAUACGUGUGGAUAUGUUCUUUUUCUCCUGUUGCUGUUGCUGGUUCCUUACAUCGAAAGCGCUCGUCGAUUGAAUGAAUAUAUCCGCCACUACGAACCUCUCUCUUAUCCUACCGAAGAGGUCCACCGAGGUCACUUGAGGGCCAAGAGGUCGGUUACCCGCGACAAUUCCGUGACUCUGAAGUUUCGUUCGCACGGAAGGGACUUCCACAUCCGACUGAAGCGAGAUCUGGCUACCUUUAGCAGUAACUUAAUUAUCGAAGGCCCUUCCGGUCAAACGGAAGACCUCGAUACCUCGCAUAUUUACCAGGGCCACUUGGUUGGUGAACCUGGCAGUCACGUGUUCGGAAGCAUCAGCGACGGUGUUUUCCACGGAAAAAUCAUUUCGCCCCGCGGUGGCGCGUGGUACGUGGAAAAGGCGCACUAUUACUUUCCGCCGCACGAGAUAAAUGACACGUUACAUUCGGUCAUUUAUCACGAAAAUAACGUCCGGGACCCGUACGCCCAUCUUCGAAAAGGCGAAUCCGGCGGUUGUGGUAUCACCGAUGAUGUGGUGGAGUGGAUGGACAGAGUUCAAAAUUCUGCCAUACCGGACGUUUCUCGUCCGGUAAUCACGAGUAAAAACGACAAGAUAUUCAAGUCUCAGGCGAAACCGUGGAUUGGUGAUCAAGAAUCACCGGGCCACAAAUAUUCGAGAGAAGCUAACGAACCUAGUCAUCGAAGAACACGGAGGGCAACCAGGCCGAAGGAGGAUAACAAAAACACUUGUUCUCUUUUUAUUCAAACCGAUCCACUCAUAUGGAGACAUAUAUCGGAACAGUUACAUCACGACGCGGAGAAGACCAGAGAAGAGAUACUGUCACUGAUCGCGCACCACGUUACCGCUGUGAAUUACAUCUAUAGAGACACCAGAUUUGACGGCAGAAUCAAACAUAGGAAUAUUAAAUUCGAGGUGCAACGGAUAAAGAUCGAUGACGAUACAGCUUGCACGCCCCAACAAACGUAUGGCGAGCCAAACCCGUUCUGCAUGGAGAACAUUGACGUUAGCAACUUUUUAAACUUGCAUUCGCUCGGCAACCACGAAGAUUUUUGCCUCGCCUAUGUGUUCACAUAUAGAGAUUUUACUGGCGGCACGCUUGGUCUUGCUUGGGUGGCCUCCGCAUCCGGUGCGUCCGGUGGCAUUUGCGAAAGAUACAAAACGUACACGGAAACUGUCGGGGGAAUGUAUCAAUCCACCAAGAGAUCUUUGAAUACCGGAAUCAUCACAUUUGUUAAUUAUAAUAGCAGAGUACCACCGAAGGUGUCACAGCUGACAUUGGCCCACGAGAUAGGACAUAAUUUCGGAUCACCUCACGAUUUUCCACCGGAAUGCAGACCUGGCGGAUUGCACGGAAAUUAUAUUAUGUUUGCGUCAGCAACGAGCGGCGAUCGACCUAACAAUAGUAAAUUUUCGAAAUGCAGUAUCGGUAAUAUCAGCAACGUUUUAGAUGCCAUCGAAGACAACAAGAAAAGAAAUUGUUUCACCGCUUCUGCCGGUGCGUUCUGUGGCAACAAGAUCGUCGAAGCUGGAGAGGAAUGCGAUUGCGGGUACGAUGACGAUGAAUGCGUGGAUAAAUGUUGCUAUCCGAGACAAGUAUCGGAAUUGGAUAAGAUAAAAAAUGAGACGGCAAAAGGCUGCACCAGAAAGUCCGGAACGCAAUGCAGCCCCAGUCAAGGGCCUUGCUGUUCCAGCGAAUCGUGCCAGUUCGUUCCUCUCUCGAAAAAUGUUCAAUGCAAAGCGGAAUCGGAUUGUAGUUACAAUUCGACUUGUAAUGGACGAUCAUCCGAGUGUCCUCCACCGUUGCCAAGGGCUAACAAAACUAGAUGUAACGAGGGAACUCAGUUGUGCAUCAAUGGCGAGUGUACAGGAUCGAUUUGCCUAGAGUGGAACCUGACCGAGUGCUUUUUGACCAGUAACGUAAUUCCAAAUAUCGAUAAACGUAAAUUGUGCGAAUUAGCUUGUCAAAAUGGAACCGAUCCAUCGACCUGCCGUAGUACUAGCGAAUUUGCACACGUUGUUGGUCUGCCUGAAGGUGGGAUUAGCCUCCGGCCUGGAUCACCUUGUGAUAACUUUCAAGGAUAUUGUGAUGUAUUUUUGAAGUGUAGAGCGGUUGACGCGGAAGGACCAUUAGCCAGACUGAAGAAUCUUUUAUUCAAUAAGGACACGUUGCGUACAGUGGCACAAUGGAUAACUGAAUUCUGGUGGGCAGUGCUAUUAAUGGGAAUAGCCUUUAUUAUUUUCAUGGGUUUAUUCAUCAAGUGCUGUGCCGUUCAUACUCCGUCGAGUAACCCUAAGAAACCACCAGCGAGACGUAUUAGCGAUACUUUAAGAAGACCGAUGAAUACACUGAGAAGAAUGCGACAUCCACAUGGCGGAGGUGGAGCCGGUCCCAGAAGUAUACCUCCUAGACAAAAUCAUGGAGGCCAUGGUGCUACUCGGGGCCCCUCUCACGGCUAUGGAGAGGGUAGAGGUGCUCAAUAUUAUCCCAAAGCAGGCUAUCGCUCGGUUCCCACAGCUAGUGCGCCACCCAGUAGCAGCGCAGCACCCAACUACGGCCGGUCCAAUCAUCCAGAACUGUACGCCGGCGCCUAUUCGGGCUCCGGGGGAGGGGGGCGGGCCUCAGCCUACGAGAUGAGGCAUCACAACAAGGUGUGACGACCUUAGAGAACUAUCGCAGACGAGAGACGGUCUCGACGUUGCACCGUAAAUUGUUCUCUUGUUUAAUGCCAAACUGUGAAACGAGCCGAUUCAUCCAACAUAGAGAGGAUAUCUCUCGUAAUCGGGAUCGACGGAAUCAAUGGAAGAGAGUACAGAGCGCGAUCGAAAGCAUUUGAAAGUUCCGACGACCGCCGAUCUACGUUUUUAUUUCGAUUCGAGUAACUCGCGCAAGGGAACUAGUUCGGAAAUUGUAAAUUGAACAACAAGUGUAUUAUAUAAUCAAUGGUGGUGAUAUAUCGAGACUUCUCGUUUGACGUUAAGCUUUUGUCGAGCUGAUUUUUAUCGGCAAACGUACGAGGACAUCGACGUUGCGAAAACGAAACGAACGAUGCCGUUGGGACGUGAUGGAUCGUAAACUGAGAAAUCGUUAAAAGACUAAUAUUAUGCGAUUCUCUGUAAUUCGUCUUUUAAAUGUUUCCUGCUGAUUCCUCCGUGUUGCCAUUAAAUAUUUUUCGCGUCUCGAUCAAAAUUACAAGGCUCUCGAUAAAUCUCUUUGUCCGCGAAAUUCUUUGAUAUCAAUGUACAGAUCGAAGUUUGUGGAAAUUUAUUUCUGUGGACAACGCUGGAUUCGCACAGCAAUAUUGAGUAAUAUUGAACGCAACGUAUUUUUGUCGUUCGAUGUAAAAACAUUUAUGGCCAAGAUUGCAUAGUAACGUUUAUGCCUCGAUUUCUCGAUGAAGUCGAAUUUUUGCGUGUUUUUCGCUCCGGAAAGCAUACUUUUAUACAUACAUGGAGACUGUCGGUUAGAAGAAGAAGGGAAGUUCAAAGGGAUUAACGGAGACGACAAUAUAUAUUUGGAAUAAGUGUUAGGAUGAUAACCCGUAAUUUUUGAAAAGCUCCCGUUGAACGUACCUUGUGCCUUUUAACUCUUGUACGCGACUAUUAUGUACAUUAUUCUAUUAUAGUACGAUUUUAAAAGACAGACUUUUUCUAUGUUUUUCUUUUUUUGUUUUCUUUUUUUUAUUUCAAUGUUCUUCCAACUGCAUGUUGUUUAUUCAAAGUUAAGCCUUUGAUUAUUAGUAUUUUUUAUACAAAUAUAGGUAAAGAUAAUUAAUAAGCAAUGCCAAAAUGUUUAAAUAUGAUUUCUCUUUUAAUGCAUUUAUACAUAAGUUAUAGCCUAUAAGGAUAUUAUUUUAUUUAAAUGUAAAAGUCUUUGUGAUUAUACCACAACCGCUUUCCGCAGCGAAAGAGCGCGUUUACCAUUACCAAACUAUUGCAGGUCAUUCACUUGAUCUCUACCAUUGUAGUAUAAUAAUUAAUGAUAUGUAAUAUUCUUAUACUAAUUUUUAUUAGCCAAUUGAAACGAGCAGAGUUACGAGAGACUAUGAACAUGGGAGAAAAGUAUCGACAAACAAAUGUUUAUAGUUGUAUUUCAUUAACGACUAUUCUGCUGAAAAUGAUAUUGAAUAAUAUCGGUUCUAUUAUGAUAAUUAUGCUGAUUAUUAACGAUAUUAUUAUUACUAUUAAUUAUUAUUAUUAUUAUUAUUAUUAUUAUUAUUAUUAUUAUUAUUAUUAUUACCACCAUUACCAUUAUGGCUAUUACUAUUAUUAAUUAGUUGUCUAUUGCAAAUGAUAAUUUAUCUUCGCUAUGCGCGAAUGUUAUAAGUUGUAUUUAAAUAUGGUUUUUAACUUACAAUUAUAGAGGGCUGUACCGUAAACGCGCUUUAAUGACGCGCAUAGCGGACCAAAGACGAGCCCUCCUUUUGAGAUAUAAACGUGUUUUAAUAUACAUGGGCUCAUUUGUGCACUGCUGCAUACUCGUAUGCCACACAAACGAAAUUCGCACGUGUCCAACGGCGAAUCGUAGUAAGUUGUACGCGAUAUAUACGCACUUCCUUUCUCGAAACGCCAAAAUGUUAUACGUGAUCGACUGAAUUUUUUUACUCGUCCCUCGUCCAACCUUCUUGCGCAAAUUUUGUCCAAUUUGUUCCAUGUGUUUCUAUUCGAGGCAAUAAUCGAAUAUGCAGAUACCAACUACUAUCACUGUCAAUAGCGAUAUAAUAACGGAUUUAUUAAUAUCGUAACCUAGCCGUUUUUCUUUUGUCCAACGUUUUUGAUCGAAGCAUCGUUAGGCUUAGCAAUAUUUUCAUAAGGAAAUGUGUUUCCUAUUUCUUCUCGUUCUACGUGUGAUGAAAAAUGUCAUUAGAUACCGUUCAACGUUACGACAGAUAGUUUAUACGCUACAAAGACAUAGAUUUCGUUUAGACGAUGAUCCAGAAACUUAACAAUUUUAAACAUAGGGUCGUGCAAGACAGAAGGAACAUUAACAGGGAUGAAGAGGUAAAACAAGGAGGUGUCCGCCACCGCCAAAUCGCAGGAAAUACGAGUUUGCGGAUCGUGUGGAAAUGUACAAUAGUCGCAAUGUGAUUAUAAAAAAAAAAAAAGAAGUGGAUCAUACGGAAGCUGAUGCGAGAUACGUGCGAAAGUGGGAAAGAACAAAAGAGCGAGGGAAAGGUAUGGGAAGAGAAUGGGCGUGAAAGAAUAAAAGAGAGAGUGUUAAACUGUGUGUACAUAUAUUGAUAUUAUAUAUACAUAAACGAUAAUUAUAUAACCAUAAGAAAUGGUAAAGCGAAUAUAAAAAAAAAAAUACUUGUUUUUAUAUCAAAUCUGUAUUAUAGCGAAAUAUUAUCCUGUAUUUUGUAAUCGGGACGGAAAUUUGAGGAUGACGAACGAAUGACUGUAUGUGCGUGUAAUCGAGCCCUUAGGUUUUUAAGGUAAUGACUUUUUUAACGACGAUCCAACGUGGACCGGACCGGAUCGUUUGACAUAGGUUAUUUAAGCAGUUUUGAAGUUUCUUGCAUAUAGAUGCAACAGGAUUCCGUUUGGUCCCAUUUGUAAUCGCUCGUCCGAUCCUAACAUAAAAGUUAAUUAUAUUAUUUCCAAGUGUUUCAUGGCAAUCCAUGAGUACAACUUACUGCCAUUCGUAGUAACGCGUAGCAAAGAAGGUCGGUCGAACGACCUUUCGAAGUAUAAGCGAUAAUCUACGCUAGAAAUCUACGUGGGAAAAUGUAUUAAAAUUAACGUGACGUUAACAUCAUUUUUAUCGUAUGUAUUUAUAUAAUUAUCAUAUAUUAUGAUAAUACAAGGAACAAUAAUUUAUUGUUUUUGAUACGACGUUAUGAGAUUUCCCCCAAAAGUCAGGUAUCGACUGCCGGUUUAAUCAGCAAUCGCGAUUUCAAUAUCGUUCAUGAUUAUUCUUGCUUCCAUUUCACUGCCAUAAAAACGAUUCAAAUGACUGAAUACAAGAUCAAAAUAAAAGAGAACGGAAGAGAAAUAAUGGCAUUGUUUUGAAAAAGAGAAGCCUAAGACGAGCGUAGAAUGGGACCAAGUAUUCUAGUAUCUAGUUGACAAAAACGUUGCUUGCCCGUAUCGAGAGAACUGUAGCGAUUAAAAAGCAAAAGUAUGUUUUCAUUCAUCGUUUGUCUCCGAGGAGUCUCUACUACAUAUGCUUAAGCUCAAUGGUUUCUGCGCUGUCUGGAUUAAGAUCGCGUCCUAUUAUUAUUAUUAUUAUUAUUAUCAUCAUCAUCAUCAUCAUCAUUAUCGUCAUCGUCAUCGUCAUCGUCAUCAAUUAUCAUUAUUCGAUAAUUGUGCGUCUCGCAGCACAUUAUUUGUGAUAAACAAUUUCUGUGGGGCACGAGCAAAUUCUUCGAUUAAAAGAAAAUUUGAAUGUCUGCAAAAAAAACAGCAUCUUUAAAGUACCUAUCUUAAUCCAGACGUGUGUCAUCGUGACGCAAUGCACACUACUUUAUCACUUGUACAUAAUGUUAGUAAGGAAGAAACAAAAAGAAAUCGAAGAUUAUAUUUUUUCUAUCGAUCCAAAAAUGUGGUGACCUAUCAACAUCGUGCAUCCGAGAUUAAUUUCGUCUACGUUAAAUUUUUCAUGUCCGUUCCGAUAUGAUUUUAGCUAAAAUAGUACAUACAUACAUACAUACAUACAUACAUAUGUUGUUCAGUUUCACCAAGAGUUCGUACGUUCUACGUGUAGAAAGUAUUACUUGGAUAUCACAAAAUCACCAAGUUGCCUUUAUGUUUUAUGUGCCGUAGUGUUUUAUUUCAUUUUUAAUUCAUACAAACAGUUUUAAGCUCUGCGUUUUGAAUUGAUACUUUGAUGUAAGUUUUAUUAAGCAUGAUACUGACCAAUCGCCUGAACGUUGCUUCAGACCACCACUCUCUCUUUUUCCCAAUGUCUAGAACGUGGCGAGUGUUUUAAAGAAUACUAUAAAUAAAAGGAAUCUGAUUGUGAAUCUUUUGUGUUAUGUUAAUGUGAUUAUAAAAGAAAAAAAAAAACAAAAAGAAAAACAAGAACAUUGUAAAGAACUAAAUAAAGCAUACAUUUUACAUUUA